AUGCUGGCCGCUAUUGUUGAGGAUUGGAACCAGGCCAAUGAGUACCGUUUCGCGUCCGAGAUUCUUCGGGAUAUGGCCAGGGACUUCCACCCAGUAGGCCGCGAUGCAGGCAUCGAUCAGUCACUUGGCAAGAUCCGCGUAGAGCUCGAGGGUCUCAACGAGUCCUUGGACCCGGAUGUGGUUUCGCUCCCAGAAACCGCCGAGGAGCUGUAUGUUCGUCUGGACGAGUUCGUCAUCGUUAGGAGCUCUGUAGAGGGUCGCGUAGAGGACAAUGAAAGGAUUGAGCUCGAACGGGCAGAGUCCAACGGCUAA